CUGCGCCCAAGCGCUCAGUCUGUUGUCAUCGGGCAAUCAGAUCGAACGUGUGUCGCGAUUUGUUGUACAGUUGUGCUCGAACUUUGUUGUGAAAAACUUGGUGUUUAUCUUUGAGGAUAGUGAUAUAUGCAGUGUUUGUGACGUUCAAUCAUAACUCAUGUGGAUUGUUAGUGCUCAUACAUUGGGAAACAAUAUCUGAUGGUUCUUUUCAAUAAUAACAUGAAAAUACAUGGUUGAUGCUAAAUUGGAUAGACAUUAACAAUGACGAUUGACAAAGCUGGUCGGCCUCCAGCGCCGCGACGGACAUCUACGUAUAGAAGUUACGAUGAACUGGGCAUAAUCGAUAGAGGAAAACCACUUAGAUACCGUCACGGAGGCGUUGAAGACCUCUCUGGAUUAGAAUCGAACAGAUCCCACAGAACAUAUGACACGCAAAAUCUUGACGACAUAACUGUUAUUAGUUCUGAAGAAAUACAAAGACCGAAAAGAAAAACAAUGGAAGGACUUGCGAUUGGGUUUAGAAGAACUUUUUCAGUACGGAGUAGAAGAGAAGAACCCGAAGGUAUUCCAAUGGAUACAUUCAGGGUGAACGGAGAAGAAAGUUUCGCAACUGUGAGAGGCGCUCCAUUUGGAAGGCGCAGAUCUUUAUCUAGAGAUCGUGGAUCGUCACUUUUAGGCAGAAGUUCUUCAGAAGGAGAUGUAAGAGUGCCGUUGCCUCGAGCUCCACCAGCUAAUCCUACUCCCCGGCUGCAUCGCUGCCUCCGCGCACUCGGCGGAAGCUGGAAAAAUCUCCUACUAUUGGGCGGAAUGUCACGAGGCGGCGGCAGCGCCGGCAAGACGGCGACCGCGAAACGGGUGCCGCCCCCCGCGGUGCCCGGCGAUGCGUUCGGGACCCCGCAGCACAGGCACUCGGGGUCCAGCUUCGGGUCGCAGGGGUACGCGUCGUGCGAAGAGCAGGCGUACCCCCAGCCGCCGGACACGCCGUCACAUACGCGUGAUGACCACUCCGACUAUGGGAGCACAGUAUCAGGCGUGUCCGGGGUGUCCGGGGCCAGCGGGAGUCUCGGCAAGAGCCCCGCCGGAGGGGGCACGUUCACGUUCCCGCCGCCCUCGCAGCCGCUCACGCACAAGGCGGCGGUGUACUACCAUCACCAGCUUGCGCUGAGUGACGACCAGGGGAUUGAUAUGACACAGAGCCCCGGGCGUGACAGUCCCGGCUCGUCAUCCGGGUCAGCCGGGUCUGGGUCGCGGCACUCGUCCGCGUCCCUGGACAGCGGGCGUGCGUCCGGCCGCAUGCCGCACCACCACCACGCGGCCUGCCACUGCGGGGACACCGUGGACAGAGUGCGGGCGAUGAUCGCGCAGGGACUACCGGACCCAGACAUAAUCCACGCAUGGUUAGCUGAUCUGCAAAUGGAAGAAUACGCCCGUCUUUUCAUAGAAGCCGGCUACGACCUCGCCACAGUAACACGCAUGACACCUGAAGACCUUACAGCGGUGGGAAUUAAGAAACCGAACCAUAGGAAGCGGUUAAAGGCGGAGUUGGCCAAUCUGAACGUGCCGGAUAAUCUGCCAGAUUAUAUACCGGGCUCGCUCGAGGAAUGGCUCCGUCUCCUCCGGCUGGAGGAGUACGGGCCGGCGCUCGUCGCGCAGGGAUACCGCACCGUGCAUGACGUCACGCAACUCGCUUGGGAGGACUUAGAAGACAUGGGUAUAGUAAGGCUCGGCCACCAAAAGAAAAUACUGUUGGCCAUAAAAAGAGUUAAGGAUAUUAGAGCCGGCAAGCGAAGCAUCAGCAGCCAAGGGUCCCUGGAUUUCACACGGCUACAACCCGGACAGGAUUUAUAUCCGAGCGAGCAAUACCAGCAUUGGGAGAGACACGCAAGGAGUUACCAUAAACCCCCCGAUCUAAACUUUGACGCUCUGCAAACGCCCCUAUGUGGCACUGACUUGGUCCCCAUCCAGAUACGCCAUCCGCGCGGGAAAUCGUUGGAAAGCUUAGAAGACCCGUCCGAGCGGACGUCGCAUACAACAUUCUCGCCGGAAGCGGGCUUCUAUUACGGCGGGCAAUGGCGACGAUCAUACGACGACGGGGACAUAACGCCAACAAACGACAGCUCAUACGAAGGGGGAGGAACAUUACCCCGACCUAGAGGUUUAGUCAGACCUCGUCCUGUCGCCAAGAUACAAGCGACACCCGCGUACAGAGACAAGUCGCCAGACUACACAUAUGACGAGAUUGCGUAUUCUGCCCGGCUACAGCGCGUCGCGUAUGGAGCAAGCCCGCACGUGGCCCGCAAGCCGCCACCAGAACCUCCAAAGCGGCAGAGCUCCCAGUACGCGCCGUUCACUCGCUUCGGCCAGACCACGGUGGAAAUACACCCGGAGAAGAGUCUCCCGCUGAGUCUGCCCGCGUACCCGAGCUCGGACUCUCUCAGCGUAUCUCUGGACAGCACGGGGCUAUUACCACCGCCGCCUGCGCCGUCUUCGCCGCCGAGGCGGUAUGAAGAUGACAAGAUGAGGACCGGCUCGGAUGCUAGUUUUAAGUCGAGUUCCAGCACGGAGUCAGACAGCAUUCCAUUCGCGAACGAAAACGCGGGGACGAUAAAGCAGAACCGCGGGCAAAUCGCCGGUCGACCGCACACAGACUACGGCAGAACUACCAUCGGACUCGCCAGUCUCCCUCCCAGACCACCCACAGACAAACCAAUACAUUUACCAGAACAUAAAGAUGAGAAAAGCACAGAACCCGUAGAUGUCCUAAACGACAUCGGCAACAUGCUAGCGAACCUCACGGACGAACUCGACGCCAUGCUGGAAGAAGAGAAACGCCAAGGCCUGACUGAUUCCUAAAAUUUAGUGCGCUAUAGUGAAACGUACUCGAAUAAAUUACUUAUAAAUUCCAAAGAGCUCUAUGAUCGGUACUCGUUUCGUUUGGCAGUAGUUGAUGUUAUCUAUUUUCGUGACAAUGUUGCCAGUUGCAAUUCAAGCGAAUUAAAAGCAAUAAAAGUUAAUUUCAAAUCACGCCGGGCUUAUAUGCUUUGUCAUUUGCAUUCAGCUUGCGUUUGGUUUGAAAGGUUGCGUAAACUAUUUUGCGAUCACUGCCUCCAUCGCAUGCUCUUUUAAUAAGACUUAAAUACCUUCAAGAGGUAUAAAAUAUUUGUCUAUGGACAAACUGUUUUAAUCAUAUCAUGUAACAUGCGCCAUAAAACUUCCAACAUUCAAUGUAUGUAAUAUUGUAUGUACACGUAGAUUUGUGUAUUUGUCAAAACGUUCAUGCGUAUUUAUGUUUUGAAUCGGUGUUUUAUGUAAUUAACAUUAUUAUGUUUUAUUUAUAAAUGUUAUGUAGUUCCUUAUUUAAGCAUUAUCUGUGGUUUUCUUUUGUGUCUGGUGGAAUAAAAAUAAUUGUAGUCGGGUUCAGAAGCAGAUAAAUGGCUAUUUUUGUAAAUAAUUUUACUUAAAUUAUGUCAUAGAUAAAAUAUAUCCAGUAGCUAGUUUUCCAUGUACAAUAAAAUUGUAGAAUACUUGAUAUAACUUACCUAGGUGAUUAGUUAGAAUUUAUACAAAAUGGUAGCUCUAGAUUAUAGUGUGGAAUGUAGAAUUUCAUCAGUGAAUGUAAAAUAGGACCUUCAUCUGUACUACGUUAUUAUAUUAUAGCGUUGUAUGUUAUAUAAAUUCGUUUAAACAAUCAUUUAAUUGGAUAUCUAACCGUAUCCAUUGCUAAUUAAUGAUAAUCUGUGUGGGCACAGAUAACGUACAAAAUAUUAAAAUGCUAAGAAAAUAAUUCACUGCUUUCGCGGUAUUUUCGCUUGCUAUUGAUAUUCCCAUACCAUUUAAUAAACAAAAUUAUUUUCUGUUAUAAUUAACAUUUUUUACAUUCUGAAUAAUAAUCAUGAUCUCUUAUGUAUAACAGAUAAUGGCUUAACGUGAUACUGAGAUGCCAUAAAAUAUUCUGUAUGUACAUUUGUGACUGUAUUUCUAACCCUUUAUAUUAUAACGAUAACACACCUAGAUGUAUAUAAUUCAAAGAAUGUUUAAUUUCAAAGAUAAAAAACAAUAUUUGUAAUUUUAUACGCAUAGAUGCCGAAAAGAGAAAGAAUGAUCUACAGUUUAUGGUUAUACAUUGAGGCAGUGUUCAUAUAAAUAAUAAUAAUUAUAAACACAAUAAAAUAUUGACCUGUUUAUUUGUUCAUUGUCUCAAUGUAUUGCCAGUUAUAUAAUUUAGCAAUCGAAUGUAGCGCAUAUUUUUAUUAGCUUUGUACUGUAAAUAAUAGAAUCAGUGUUUCUACAUCCUUUGAUACCUAACAAUUCGUAUUUAGACAUUUUGUAUACCUAUCUGUAAUGAGCCGUCACUUAUAUUCAUAGAAAGGUGCUAGACUUUUGGCAAAUAUGAAAUAAAUUUAGGAUCCCAUGUAUUUUUAUUUAAUGAUCAUUGAACUUCCUAGUCAAAAUUUACUGAGUGGCGGCCUUAUUAUUUCAUGUAUAAUAGUU